AAGAUUUCCUAAUUUCAAACAUUUCCACAUGAAUAAAAUGAAAAAUUUCCGAGUACUUUUCAAUUUAUGAUGGAAUUGAAGUCAAUAUAGUGAACCGAUUACCAAAUCAUCCUCGCAAUUAAUCCAUCCCUCUUCAAAAUUUUAUUAUAGGAGCUCAGCUUACAUUAGUUCUUGAAAAAAUGAUCCGGUUCAUACUAUUGCAGAACAGGCAAGGGAAAACUAGAUUAGCCAAAUACUACAUUCCUCUCGAGGAAUCCGAGAAGCACAAGGUUGAGUACGAGGUUCAUCGUUUGGUUGUGAAUAGGGAUCCCAAAUUCACCAAUUUUGUAGAGUUCCGAACUCACAAGGUCAUCUACAGGCGAUAUGCUGGUUUAUUUUUCUCGUUGUGUGUAGACAUUACUGACAAUGAGUUGGCUUAUUUGGAAAGCAUUCACUUAUUUGUGGAGAUACUGGAUCACUUUUUCAGCAAUGUGUGUGAGCUAGAUCUCGUAUUUAAUUUCCACAAGGUGUAUCUCAUACUAGAUGAGUUCAUACUUGCCGGGGAACUGCAAGAAACAAGCAAGAAGGCAAUCAUCGAGAGAAUGGGAGAAUUGGAAAAGCUGGAUUAGAGAUUGCUAGGAAGAGCACAAACGAAUACCAACAUUCAGCUCAAACAUACUCUUGCAUCUCUCUUGCACCGUGCAUGCUUGCAUCUGGUUAUUAUACCUAUCAUUCGUGCAUUUUGCUGCAUUUACUGCAGUUAUUGAAAAAAAAAAUCCCAUCAUUCGUGGUUUUUAACUUCUUGUUUGUAAAGGUGGUCCUAAAAAUUCUCUUUGGAUGCUUGUUGAUUCAGCUUGUAGUAUAUGUAAAAGGAUGUAGUCUGCACAGGGUUGAAAUAUUCAUAAUUUGAUGAUAAAAUAUUAAAUUUUCUUCCA